AUGUCAGACCAUAUCCCUGACCAUGUGCUUGUCAACGUGCUUUUGAGGUUACCAUUUGAUUCUCUAAUUCGCUCCCGGUGCGUAUCAAAAUCAUGGCGUUCUUUAAUUGAUGACCCUCACUUCAUCAAAAUGCAUUAUUUGAAUAAAAACCACCUUCAAACAAACUAUCAUCAUGAUGAUACUAAGAUUAUUGCCUUGGUUGAACAUGGCGCUUCGGUUUUUACUCGCCCUGAAAGUAGAAAAUUUUACACUUCAGAUUCAGAUCUUUCUUGUAGCUCCAUUCUGCAUGCUAAGCAACUCAACUGCCCUAUAGAGCUCUCUGAAUAUCAUAGUCAAUUUUCGUCUGGGAUUGGGUUUGACCCUGUUAAUGAUGCCUACAAAGUGGUUGCUUUCAUGAAAUGUUGGAGUAUUUUCGACCAAGAUUGGUCAACUCCGACGAGUCAUGAGGUUUAUGUUUAUAGCUCAAAGCUUAAUUCAUGGAAAAUAAUAGGUGAUUUUCCAUUUGAGAAUCCUUUUCGGGAACCAAUGGAUGGACUUCUUGUUAAUGGUGCAUUACACUGGUUUUACUGUGUAGGCUACAUUCUUGCCUUUGAUCUUAGCAGCGAAGAAUUUCGCAUGAUGCCUUGCCCUUACUUGGAAGGUCGUCGGGAUUAUGAUUUGUGGGUCCUGAAUGGUUGCAUUUGCUUGGUUUCCUACUUCUUUGCCCAUGAUCAUCGGAGAUGUGCUUAUAUUUCACUGAUGGAGGAUUACAGAAUUGAUGAAUCACGUCGGAAUCUAUUAACUUUCCUAAAAUUCCCUUUUGAUGAGCAGAUAUUAUGGCACCACAUAAAGCCAGUAACAUGUUCAAGGAACAAAAAGCAAUUACUUUUGGAGGUUAAUAGCAAGAAGCUUGUGCUUUAUGACAGUGAAAAAAAUUCCUUCGUUGAUAUUGCAGACAAGAGUGGUUUAGAUUUACAUGUGAACCAUUAUGAAUUCACAAACCUAACUACAUGUGUUUGUCUAGAAAGCCUUGUUAGGCCUUUUUAA